AUGGAAAGUGAAGAGUACUUUGGCAAAAUAACUAGGCAUUUGAUAGAAAAUCAACACAAAUGCAGAGCAGUUCCAAAGGAAGAGUUCAAAGAUCUUCUUGGUCUUCCUAUGCGAACAAUUGACAAUGUCUUGUCUAGAAUGCCUGAGUUUUUGCACUCUUUGGGACUUGAGAUAGUAGGAAUAUCCCAAAAUGAACUUGUGCCAUUAAGCGAAGCAAAGAAGGUCUUUUUAAGAAAAAUGUGCAUAGAACAUACCAAAAAGGCAAAGACAAUUCCAACUUUAGAAGAAAAGAGAUUAUUUGUAGUGUUCGCAGCUAUUCAGCUGGAAAACAACCAAUUUGAAGAGUCGAAACUAGGAAGUCUUCGUGUAUGUCCGUAUUUUAAGGGUGUUAACAUUCUUGAAUUUUUUGAUCAAUACAAAAUGAAUGGGUAUUUAAUAAUCAGAAAAGAAAAGGAAAUGCCAGUAUGGUCGUUGGGGUGGAGAUUCUAUGUGGAGUAUGGUGAUUGUUUUGAUUUGGUUGAAUAUUUCAAAGAAUACACAACAACGCUACAAUCAUCCUCUUGA